AUGGAACCUGCUUCCCUUACGAAAGAAGUUGCCAAAAUUAGUUGUUUUUUGUCUUUCUUAUGAAAUUGCAUGUUUACAUUUUGAUGGUUCUGUAUAAUUUACAAUCCAUUCGUAUUCAGUUAUCACUCAAAAAAUGUAUUUUCAUUAGUUGAAAUAUUUGAAAAAUUUAUUUUAGAAUCAUAAAAAUAAAAUUAUACAAAAGAAAACGACUGAUUUUGACAUUUGACUAAUUGUUUGUUUUUGCCCUAUCGACACAACUUAUAUAUUGUAAAUAAGUCAAGGUCACUUGUGAGACUAUGAAAAAAUAUUCCCAGUAAGCCAUAAGCUGACGUAAAAUGCAAACUCAAAUAUACAUAUGUAUGUAUGUACGUACAUAUAUGUGAAUAUAUUUCGUGCGCAAUUAUCUUAUUCCGUUAUCAUGUCAUCAACAUGGCAUUUGCAAGCAAAAAGCGCCAUAGAGCUUGAUUUAUUAGACCAUAGUUCAUUACAAUAUCAUUUAUUUAAUUUGUAAAACAUCGUGAAAAUUCAGUACAAUUCAUUCCUUAGCAAAGAAUUUGCAAUUCACAGAUGCAUUUUCGUUCAAAUGUCAGCUUAAGUUGUGGCAAGUGUGCUUAAUAAUUUGCCUCUCUGAGCUUCGGUGGUCCGGGGUGCAGACUUCAAAUCUGUAGUCGAUUAACGUCGAAGUGGUUCGAUUCCACCUGAGGGGCGAAAUUUGCUAUAAACAAAUUACACUUAUCACGCAAUACCUCUUCACUAUUUUUUAAACUGACUGGCAAACACAAACAUAUUUUCGAAUAUUCAAAAAUGGUAAUAAAAACUGGCAUUCAACUUUUAUUUUUCCGGUAUAAGUAAAGUAUAUGCAUAACAGUAAUAUUUCACAGUUUGACAGCCAAUAUAGUUUCUACAGAAGUUGCAUCGAUCAAACAUUUGUUCAUAAGGUGAUUAGCAUUUGAAAGGAAAGCAAAAAUAAAUAAACAAUUUCAAAUUAAUAAACAUUUUUUGUAUCUAAAUCCCACAAAAAAAAAAUGUCAAAAUCACCACAAAUAGAUAAAAUAACACCAGAAGAGUUAAUGAAACUACGUACAGAAUGUAUGGAGCGCUUACGAGAGGCUAAAAUCUAUGAAUUGCGAAACGAUGCCAAGUUGCGGGCAGUGAAUACAACUCAAAGCUAUGAUGAAUUCAAAGACAUCGUGGAUGCGGCUCAUUUACGGCCGAUAAGUAAACAAGAUAAAAUGAACGCGAAGACGAAGAGUCGUUUGUGGAAUUCAGCUGCUCGGGAAAAUUAAUAUAGUAUGUAUAAUGCCAUAGCAUACAGAUGUAGAACGUACAUAUGUAUGUAUGUAUGUAUGUACAUUUAUUAAGGUGCCAGAGGAGAAUAAAUUCAACUAUUUCUGCGAAAAUUACAAAAUGUAGAAUUUGAUUAAUUUUUUUUAUAAAAUUGCUGUUCACACUUCUAGAUGUUAAAUGCAAUAGUAGUCUGAUAUAAAGAAUUGUGCGGAGAUUGCAACGUUGCCUUGAACAAUAAAUAAAAAUAAAAUAACAAAUCUUAGUUUACUGAGGAGAUCAAAGUAAGCAAAUCAAAUAUUAAAGAAAACCAAAUUUUUAUUUUCAAAUCGCAAGCUUUAUUAUUUUUAUUUUCAUCAUAUCGAGUACCUUAGAUGGAGCUUGCUUUCUCUAUAAUCCAGGAGCGGUAAGAGGGAACAUCGGUAUAAACACCGGGAUAGUUAGCAAGC